AGUCUCGAGUCUCCUGCAACAAGAAUGCAAUGAAACGAUACUUCGCUGUGCUAGCUGUCUUCCUAGCAACAGCAACUAAGGCGCUCUCGACAGCCGUGGAUUCCAAGCACGCCGAUCCCUUCGGUGCUCGUCCAACGAGGUUUCUGAGAGACGUCGCACUUACUGAGGAGGUGAAUGGUGGUUCCGAAGAGCGGGGGCUUAUGGACCAACUCGCGAAGAAAUGGCGCUCGCGGUCCAGCACAAACAACCAGCUACACAAGACUUGGCUCAAGGAAGGAGAAAGCCCUCAGUCCCUUUUCAGACAAUAUGGCUGGAAGGGGAAGUCGAUCGAAGAACUGAAGCUGGACCCAAACUACCAGCGCUACGAAGGUUUCGAUGAGCUGUGGACACUAAAGCAGCAGAAGAAGGGGAGUGUACUGACGCCCGAGAAAUGGGCAAAGCUCAUGAAAAAGGAGCAGAAGAAGAACUGAUCGUAGGCUAGCAGGUGCUUUUUGAAUAGAGUUUGUGGUUUGUUCGCUUAC